AUGCUCACUAAUGCCUUUGAUAAUCCAGAAGCCGUAGGCCGUGGAGCUAAGCUACCCAACCGUGGGUCGGUGUCCGAGGCCGUUUUAGAGUCCCGCGUAGCGAAGGGAGGAAGGAAUCUUUUCAACCGAGAACCGAGAACCGAGGAACCGAAUGGUCGAUAUUGGGUAGUUUUACUUGACGAUCGUGCGCGGUCCGAGCGGGAUCACACUAGUGGGAUCGUAUGGGUCGGUACGCGUAGACAGAAAUCGGGAAUCUUUGGUAUGAAGAAAAGAAAAGAGAAAAAGGAUAAACGAGAGAUCCGUAGCGAUUUGUGGAAUAUGCCCCCUCGUGGAUCCGUGGAGAUUCUCGGUUUGCGGGCUGUACAGUAA